AUGUAUCCUUUUCUUGUGGCCUGUAAAUCAAUAAGCAACUUACGUAAAGCUGCAGCUCAGGAAGUUGUGGACAAAGUUCGGCAGCACAAUGGUGUACUUGUGGAUCAGACCCAACUUGUAUCAAAAGAGCUUAUCAGAGUUGCUAUUCUUUGGCACAAGCUAUGGCAUGAAGCACUUGAAGAAGCCAGUCGUCUUUAUUUUGGUGAACAUAAUAUUGAAGGGAUGUUAAAGGUGUUGGAGCCACUGCAUGAAAUGCUUGAAGAUGGUGCAAUGAAAAACAAUGCUACCAUAAAGGAGAGAGUAUUUAUUGAGGCCUAUUGA